AUGCUUGCGACAGCGACAAGAUCUUCAGCCGUCAAGGCACUUUACGAGAACGUCCUCAAGGAAGCCGAGCGCUCGGCAAAAACCGGUCCGCUCGUAGCUUACCUGCAGAACAGGUACGACAACUUGAAGGACGCACCAUCAACCGAGUCGCAGCAGCAACCCAGCGGUCGCGAUUACCACCCUUUCAUUGCGCCGUCAAAGACGUCUGCUGAGAUCCAAGAGCAGAACCUCGAAAACUUGCACGUCUUUCUUCAGAACAAAGCCUUGCAUUCGGAGCUGCUCCAACGAUACAACCCCACCGUCGGCAUGACGGAAGAGGAACGUGUACGACUUACAGCACGUCGCGUAGGCCUUGAUGUCCCUAUCACCCAUGACGCCACAUCCGAAUCCUCCAACAACUACCGCGAAAGCGCACAGAUCGCUCAAGAUCAAUACAAACAGGACAAAGAUCAUCGUGAAGACCAACUUUAUUCAGGCAAAGGUGACGGCCAUAACGUUGGCGGGCCGUUGCGACCACCGAUUGCCAAAGAUUGA